AUGAUUGCAGCAGAGCUUCCCGUUAUGCCAGAUGGUAAAUUUACUAUGGGAAUGGAAUUCAGUUCUAGGGAGGCAGUAAUUAAGGCGAUGAAAGAUUAUACAAUCUGUAGAGGUGUAGAUUAUCGGGUGCAUGAGUCAGAACCGACGACAUUCUAUGCUAAAUGCACCCAGUAUGGCGCAGGAUGUGAUUGGCUGAUCAGGGUGAGCAAAAUGUCCAAAAAGUUCUGUUGGGAGAUAAGGAGGUACAAUGGUAGUCACACAUGUACUAGGGCCACCAUUUUUCAAGAUCAUUCAAAGCUAGAUUCUAACACAGUUGCAGAAGCAAUAAAGCCAUUGGUAGAAGUUGACCCGUCUAUAAAAGUGAAAUCAGUGAUUGCGGAAGUACAGGCAAAGUUUAACUACAUUAUAAGUUAUCGCAAAGCAUGGUUGGCAAAACAGAAGGCAGUGGAGUCAAUUUUCAGAGGUUGGAAAGCUUCCUACGAAGCCUUGCCGAUAUGGUUUGAGGCCAUGUGUCACAAGGAGCCAUCCGCAGUCGUUCAUUCUGAAACAAUGCCUGUGUAUCAGGGAGAUGACUUGGUUCCUAAUAUUCGUGUACUACACCGAGUCUUCUGGAGUUAUUACCCUUGUAUUAGAGCAUUCAGACAUUGCAAGCCAAUAGUGCAGGUAGACGGAACUCAUUUGUAUGGAAAAUACAAGGGUUGUUUGUUGGUUGCAGUCUUACAGGAUGGCAACAAGAACAUCGUACCUAUUGCAUUUGCGAUAGUUGAGGGAGAGACAUCUGAGGCUUGGCACUUUUUUCUUAGUAACUUGCGACAGCAUGUUGUGACACGUGAUGGUGUGUGCCUUAUCUCCGAUCGGCACGAUUCCAUUAGGUCAGCUAUUGCUCGUAGUAACGGAGCUUGGUCUCCUCCCAAAGCAUUCCACAUGUUCUGCAUCAGACAUAUAGAGUCCAAUUUUUUGAGGAAGUUCAAGGCUCUGCAUCUGCAGAAGCUUAUCGUCAACAUCGGAUACUCGCGAACAGUUCGCAAGUACGAGACGCAUUAUCAGCGUUUACGCAAGCGGGGUAAGGCUUAUACCAACUGGUUGGAUCGGAUUCCACGUGAGCACGGGCAGCAGGUAACAUCCAAGUUAGUUGCUUUGACCGACAGAAUGAGGUAUUUGAAGUGCGUGAGUGUCCCAGUGGUGUGGAGUAUGCAGUGGACCUCCGUCGACAACGGUGUGACUGUGGUGAAUUUCAAGUUGACCGGCUUCCGUGUUGACAUGUGUUUGCUUGUUGUGCAAACCAGCGGCCGAUUCUCACGCUCCCAGUUACGCCACCGACAUCGGACAAUUCGAUAA